GACACAAAAUAGACGCGGCGCAACUAUCUCCGGGCCUACUACUUUGUCAUUGCGUAAAGAUUUUCGAUGCUGAUUUUAUUGACGGUAAUACUAGUGCCGAAGCAAAGAUGGACGGGCGAAAAUAUCAUCGCGAAUUGG